AUGUGGGUAGCCAUAAUAAAAGGCUCCUCAGAACUUCUGAUUGGGGUUGGUCCACUCGACACUGAGGCUGAAGGAGAAGUAAUCCAUGUAGAGUCAGGGGAUGCUAUCAUAUUACCUGCCGGGGUUUCCCACUGCUCCAAAAGCUCCAGCCAAGAUUACAGAUACUUAGGAGCUUAUCCCAAGGACGCUCCCAAAUGGAAGAACGAGUAUGGUAGAGAUCAAAGCCGGUUUAAUUCAUUGGUCCUGGAGUCCAGCUCUGUUGAUAUCCCGGACUGGGACCCUGUGAACGGUCAUCUAGGUCCUCUUCAAAAGCUUUGGGCACUUUAG